AUUGCCACUUCAAGCUCUUCUCAUUAUGGAUAAUGCACCAUCCCACCCUUCAGUAGAGGCUUUGAGUUCUGAAGGAAUGAGUUGCAUGUUUCUGCCCCCCAAUGUCACAAGUCUGGUUCAACCUAUGGAUCAGGGAGUGCUGGAGAACCUGAAGCGCAGGUACAAACGAGAGCUCAUGAGAAAACUGCUGCUUCAAUCUGAAUCGAGUGAAGACUCCUUCAUUUCCUUCAGCAAAAAGCUGACCAUAAAAGAUGCGGUGUACCUGAGUGCUAAAUCUUGGAACGAAAUUCCUGAAGUUUCUCUCUGUCGUGCUUGGAAUAAGCUAGGGUUUGGUGGUCGUAGUAUGGGUGAUGCUUCUCGGAUCGAUGCCAGUGAAUCCGAAGAAGAAAUUACCUUUGAAGUAUGUUCCCAGUUGGGCAUCAAUGAGGAAGAAAUGGAGCAAUGGCUUCUUGCUGACAAGGAUGAAACUGGGUCUCAAUCGCUGACUGAUGAAGAAAUUAUCGACUCUGUUCAGGUCCAGGAUCCAUCGGACAGUGAAGAUGAAGCUGAGCACACUGAUGUAGCUAAGAUUAGCCACACAAAGGCUGUUGAUUGCUUUAGUGUCUGCUUGGAAUGGUUAGAGCAGCAGCCUGAAGCCACCCCCAUGAAUCUCAUGCUUUUGAGAGAGCUCCUGGACCUUGCAGGACAAAAAAGGGGUUCUGCCUUGAAGCAAAAGACAAUGGAUUGUUAUUUUAGUAACCCUUGAAUUCGUUCUUACACUCUCACAGUUACUGUAGUUCACGUACUUAUCCUUUUUGUUAGCCAUACAGUGUACUCCUGUUUUCACAAGUUAUGUAAUCAUCGAUAUUACAAACUUCAGACUUAUGAACAUUUCACAAUUACGAACACCCAAUUUCCCGAGGUGUUCGUAUCUUUGAGGUCCUACUG